UAAUAAAAAAUUUAUUUCUAGGAAUACAUAUUUCAAUGUUCUUACAAAUAUUUUUAUUAUUUAUUUUUGUUAAUCCAAGCAUCCUUGCCUCGCCUACGGUUGAACAAUGUGACGUUGUAAUGAAAUCAGAGAAUAGAUAUAUACCUGCAGAAUGCAAAUGUUAUCAAGAUUUCGCUUCAUGUCUCUUCUCAAAUAUAAUUUAUGGAAAAUGUACAAAAGAAACGAUGGCUUCAAAAAAUUAUUUUGAUAGACCAUGUAAAGAUAUUUAUUCCCAAUGUUCUUUGAAGAAAAAUGAAUGUGAAAUUAAUGUUUGUGGAUGUUUCAAGUAUUUAAUUUUUGAUUUUAUAUUUAAAAAAAAAUUUAGGACGAUGGUUGAUUGUAUAUUACAAAAUAAAUGUAAACCGGUUACUAAUAGUGCAAAAUUGGCUGAUUUACCUACAACUAAUAAACAUAUUCGAGCAUCCAAUGCUGUAGGCUUCAACGAAUUUUUUGGAAAAUUUCUUGCAGAUGAAAGUGCAACUGAUUUAAGAAAUGAGUAA